AUGUGCGUGGCGAGAUGUUUCCCCUGGAGGCUGGACGAGGUGGACUACCUCGACACUCGGGGAGACAGCUGGCUGUCGCAGCUGGGUGGGCGCACUGGGCGUGGAACUGUUUGGUGUGGGUUGCGUGUGUGGGUUAGAGGUUUGUGUGGAGCAAGGGGUGCGGCCGUUGUGUGGGUAGAUCUGCGGUGUCGCGGACACGCUGUCGUGGGAGUGUUUGGUGUGGGUUGCGUGUGUGGGUUAGAGGUUUGUGGUAAGUGGGAUAGGUGGUUAGAGGACGUUUGUUGGGUGGCGGAGGUGCGCAGUGGGAAGCAUUGGAAUGAAGGGAAGGACGGUAACGCUGUAUUGACUGUGGAUGAAUUGAAGGUCGUGUCAGGCGUGAGCAGUCAUACGGUGGUUGGGGAACGAGUCGACAACAUGUGCGGGGUUUUUGUGGAAAGUGCCAUAGAUGGUUGGAGGACAUUUGUUGAGUUGCGGUUAGUGGCUUGCGGCAUGUGUUUGCCGUUGACAUAG